UCUCUUGCUCGCUCGCUUUCCAGAGUAGCCCACAGAGAAAAUCGAAAACCUCACUCUCUCGAAUCUAUUCGAAACAGCUUUGCAAAUAUUAUUCUCUUGCUUACCGCCGCCAUUAAUGCUUAUCAGCAACAUACUGUGAAUAGAGGCCGAUCUCUCUCUCUUUGCUCUUUUUUUUCACGGACUUCCAAGAAGCCAGCAACCAAAACAAAAAUUCUCCAAACAUUUUCUUCGUUAACUGUCGAAAAUGGACCUGAGUAAAGUAACUUUGGAGAUAUUCACAAAACUUGAGCAGAAAUGGCUAUCUCACUGUGAAACCACCAAGAAGGUUCGGAUCCUCAGCAUUGACGGUGGUGGAACCACCGGCAUUGUCGCCGGUGCCGCUCUUAUACACCUUGAAGACCAGAUCCGCCUCAAAACUGGUGAUCCUCGAGCUCAAAUUGCCGAUUUCUUUGACAUGAUAGCCGGCACUAGCGUCGGUGCUAUUAUUGCCGCCAUGCUCUCUGCCGACGAUGGAACUGGUCAUCCGCUUUUUACUGCUAGAGAAGCUGUCAGGUUUAUCACUCAGAAUAACUCCAAACUCUUCAAAGUUAAUAAGCUUGCCGGAGUUCUUCACCGUCAGAAGAGAUUCUCCUGUAAGAGCAUGGAUAAGGUGCUGAAGGAAACGUUCAGGAGAGAAGACGAGACGGUUUUGACACUGAAGGACACGUGUAAGCCUCUCCUGGUUCCUUGCUUCGACCUCAAGAGUUCCUCUCCCUUUGUUUUCUCUCGUGCCGACGCUUCCCAAUCACCAAGCUUCAACUUCGAGCUUUGGAAAGUAUGUCGAGCCACGUCAGCCACUCCAAGCCUCUUCAAACCUUUCCCAUUGACAUCCGUCGACGGCAAGACCUCUUGCUCCGCCGUGGACGGCGGUUUGGUCAUGAACAAUCCUUCCGCCGCUGCAAUCACGCACGUUCUCCAUAACAAGAGGGAUUUCCCGUCGGUCAAUGGGGUGGAGGAUCUGCUGGUUUUGUCUUUAGGAAACGGUCCAUGGUGUGGAAGGUCAAAGGUUGUUAACAACGGCAAAUGCUCAACUUCUUCAGUCGUUGACAUUGUGCUCGACGGUGUAUCGGAGACCGUAGACCAGAUGUUGGGGAACGCUUUCUGUUGGAACCGUGCAGACUACGUCAGAAUCCAGGCAAACGGACUGGGGAGUGAAACGAUGGUUGGGCCGAGAAUAGAGGAUUUGCUGAAUGAAAGAGGAGUGGAGUCUUUACCGUUUGGCGGGAAGCAGUUACUGACGGAAACCAACGCACAGAGAAUUGAGGGCUUUGUCCAACGCCUUGUUGCCUCCGGGAAAACCAACCUUCCUCCAAGUCCCCACAAAGAUUCAGCCGUCAGUCCGCUUGCCAACGGCCGUUAAACAACUAUUUUCCCUUUUGUUUUUCCUCUUUUAACCCGUUGUAAGUUGUAACCAACCGAACGGACCGACUCCUCGAUUUUUAUUUUUAACUGUCCCCCCUUUGAAGUUUAAAGAGUAGAAUAAUAAUGUCUCCGUUGUGGCCGAAAGAAUUAAUGUAGAUUAAUUAGUACCAAGUAUUAUUAGCAAAACUAACUUUUGUCUGGUGGACGCUAUGCCCAAAUCUAUGAAUAUGUUU